CCUCUAGUCCAGCCCACUGGAGCCUGACGCAAAAAGCAGGGGCGGGCUUGCCAUGGCGCUGGCAGAAUUGGCCUCUCGGCUCAACUGCGCCGAGUACAAGAACUGGGUGAAGGCCGGGCACAGCUUGCUGCUCUUGCGGGGCGCCCUGCAACGCUUUGCCGGAGAGCAAAUCCAAGACUUUCACCGCCAGCUCCUCGCUCGCCUCAGCCCGCCGGGCAGUCGGUGUAACGGACGCUGCACCCCUCGAGGCAAACAGUUUCAGCCUGUCUGCUCCUUAUGUAAAGAAUGGAAAAAAGAGAUUUUGAAUCAUCACACACAUAGGAAUGGCGAAGUUAACUGGGGAAACUGCAGGCCUUGGCUCUGGCCUUCUAACUCAUGGGAACUUGCAAAGGCUUACAUGCCUCGUGGGAAAGCAGAUAUUUGUGGUCCUGAUAAGUGUGAUGCAUCAGCACUCUUAAACCUUUUCACCUUCUGUGAUCACUUCAGCAACAUCGAUCAGAAGAAAGUCAGAGAGGUGAUUAAAUGUCACAAUGAACUAAUGCAUUCUUCAGAUAUGAAAGUCUCUUCUUCCUGGCUGAAAGUAUUUGGAAAUCAUGUUCAGAACUUGCUAACUGAAUUCCAACAUGUUCCAGAGGCUCAGAUGGCUAGUACAAGGAUAGAAAAGCUUCUGUCAUCUGAUUGGGCUGUUCAUGUACCAGGGGAAGAUCAGCAUGAUGGAUUGGAAGGUGAAAUGAAUCAAAGUCAGAUCGGUGAAAUGAAUCAAAGUCAGAUCAGUGAAAUAGAAGCAGAACUAAUAAAAGAGAGACUUCAUGAAAUCAUUCUUGUCCUGGAAGAGCAAGGGAUGAUGUCAGAAGAGGAUUUAAACAGAAUACAAAAUGUAAGGGAUUUCUUAAAUGGCAGCCAUGAUCUUCAAAGGAGAUUGCAAACAGAAAUGCAAAACCUAAAAGACCUAGAACAAAAAAUGUAUGCCAAAAACAAUUACGUGAAAGAGACCCAGGAAGUGAAUUAUGAGCAGGAGAAAGAUGGUCCUUCAGAAAAAAUGAAGCAUAUGAUAUGAAGAACGUGUCACAACUAUGAAAAUGCCAAGCAUUAUCAAAUGGAGACUUGCAUAUUUCCACAGAAAUCCUUAUUAAAACAUGUUUUUUUGGUAAGUUAUAUUGGAACUUUGGAGAAUAAACCUGAAUGAAGAAUAAUCA